UAGAGAAGAGAGAAUGAACAAAGGAAUGAAUGGAUUUUCAUUUUGAAAACUCUGAAGAGAGCAAAAGGGUGUUGAAUUAUAUUACAUAUCAUUUUUUUGUUCAAGCAUUUCAGUGGCUGAGUUUAGUUUUUGGCUCCCCAUUUUCUGGGUCUCAGCAGUUCCUCAAAACAAGCACGAUUUUCUCUCCUUUUCCUCGCCUAUUCUUGUCCCUAAUUCUCAUCCCCCUCUUUGCCUCUUCACAUCCUCUUCUUCACCAUGAGAUUCAUUUCUUGAUUAAUCGCCUCCAUCUCCAAGCGUAUGAGUUUUCUCUAGGUAUCAUAGUCUUUUAAUCUCCUUUUGCAUUGCUCUUAAUUGUUUUUCCUUUCUGGGCUUUCUUUAUUUUCCUUGAAUUUGUUGAUUUCACACUGUUGGAUUAAUCCCCCCAAGUCUGAAGUACGUUGAAUCGCAGUAGUUAGGAAAAUUUCUUUGUGUUUAAAGAUUGUGCAAAAAGAGAGGUGAAGAUGUCAAGCUUUGUGGGUGUUCUUGUUUCUGAUCCAUGGCUUCAAAGUCAAUUCACCCAAGUCGAGCUUCGAACCCUCAAAUCCAGAUUUCUUUCGGUAAGGAGCCAAUCGGGUCGUGUCACGGUCGAAGAUUUGCCACCUGUUUAUGCGAAAUUGAAAGCUUUCAGUGGAAUUUUUACUGAGGAUGAGAUUAAAGAAUUCUUGAAGGAAACAAGUCGAGACGUCGGUGAAGAAAUCGAUUUUGAGUCGUAUCUUAGGGCAUAUUUAGAUUUACAAGCCAGAGCCACAGAGAAAUCAGGCGAAUCUAAGAAUUCGUCGUCGUUCCUCAAGGCUGCCACAACUACGUUCCAUCACGCAAUUAACGAAUCCGAGAAAGCAUCUUAUGUUGCACACAUAAACAGUUUUCUGGGUGAAGAUCCAUUUCUGAAGAAUUAUCUCCCUUUAGAUCCAGCUACCAAUGAUUUGUUUGACCUUGCGAAAGACGGCGUUCUUCUCUGUAAGCUCAUCAAUGUAGCUGUUCCAGGGACCAUAGACGAACGAGCUAUCAAUACGAAAAAAGUCCUUAAUCCAUGGGAGAGAAACGAAAACCAUACGCUCGGCCUUAACUCCGCAAAGGCUAUUGGAUGCACAGUGGUUAACAUUGGCACACAAGAUUUGGUUGAAGCUAGACCACAUCUGCUGCUUGGAUUGAUAUCACAAAUCAUUAAGAUUCAAGUGCUGGCUGAUCUUAAUCUGAAUAAAACUCCUCAACUUGUGGAACUGGUUGAUGAUAGCAAGGAGGUGGAAGAACUCAUAGGGUUAGCACCAGAGAAAGUUCUACUCAAAUGGAUGAAUUUUCAUCUGAAAAAAGCUGGCUAUGAGAAACAAGUCACAAACUUUUCAUCAGAUGUGAAGGAUGGGGAGGCAUAUGCUUAUCUGCUCAAUGCUCUUGCACCGGAGUUCUCUGGUCCAUCGACUUUGAACGUGAAAGAUCCUACCGAAAGAGCAAAUAUGGUUCUUGAGGUUGCAGAAAAAUUGGAAUGUAAAAGAUAUCUAACUCCCAAGGACAUUGUUGAGGGCUCACCUAAUCUUAAUCUUGCAUUUGUUGCCCAAAUUUUUCAGCAAAGGAAUGGGUUGUCUGCCGAUACUUCCAAAAUGUCAUUUGCAGAAAUGAUGACUGAUGAUGUCGAAACUUCGCGGGAGGAGCGGUGCUUCCGGUUGUGGAUUAACAGUAUUGGCAUAGCUACAUAUGUGAACAAUGUUUUCGAGGACGUCAGACACGGAUGGGUUCUUUUGGAAGUUCUUGACAAGGUUUCUCCUGGAUCAGUAAUCUGGAAACAGGCAACAAAGCCUCCUAUCAAGAUGCCAUUUAGAAAAGUUGAGAAUUGCAACCAAGUAGUAAAACUUGGGAAGGACUUGAAUUUUUCUCUUGUAAACGUAGCUGGGAAUGAUAUUGUGCAGGGAAACAAGAAGCUUAUACUAGCAUUUCUAUGGCAACUGAUGAGGUUUUCUAUGCUUCAACUGUUGAGAAACCUGAGAUCACACUCUCAAGGUAAAGAGGGCAAAGAGAUUACAGAUGCUGAUAUUCUGAAUUGGGCAAACAACAAAGUGAAGAAAGCCGGUAGAACCUCCCAAAUGGAGGGCUUCAAGGAUAAGAACCUUUCAAAUGGCGUCUUCUUCCUCGAACUUCUUAGUUCUGUGGAGCCAAGGGUGGUGAACUGGGCAGUUGUUACAAAAGGAGAGACUGACGAAGACAAGAAGCUGAACGCGACGUAUAUUAUUAGUGUGGCUCGAAAGCUCGGCUGCUCCCUUUUCUUGCUCCCUGAAGAUAUUAUUGAAGUGAACCAAAAGAUGAUCCUUAUACUGACUGCUAGCAUCAUGUACUGGAGCCUGCUGCAACAAGCAGGGGAGUCUGAGCUGUUAACCAUGAACGACGGUAACGUUUCGGAUGCAAGCACCGAAACGUCCAUGGACGGGACGGGAUCAUCCUUGGCUGCCCAGACAUGUGCUUUGGCAAUGGAGGACACUGCUGAAGUUCAAAAUGAAGAUUCUUAACAGAGAGCUACCCAGAGAAGCAAAGUCAGCAUUCCUUUUGUCCCUUUGAUUAAAUUUGUUUAUU